UCGGGGCGCCGCGCAGAGGAGGCUGCCGCUCUGGCUCGCCGCCCCCCGCCGCCGCUCCGCACCGGGCCCCGCCGCCGCGCCGCGGGCCAUGGACCUGCCCAGGGGCCUCCUGGUGGCCUGGACCCUCAGCCUGUGGCCAGGGUUCACGGACACCUUCAACAUGGACACCAAGAAGCCCCGAGUCAUCCCUGGCUCCAGAGCCGCCUUCUUUGGCUACACGGUGCAGCAGCAUGACAUCAGCGGCAAGAAGUGGUUGGUUGUCGGCGCUCCGCUGGAAACCAAUGGCCACCAGAAGACGGGAGACGUGUACAAGUGUCCAGUGACCCAAGGGAACUGCACCAAGCUCAACCUGGGAAGGGUCACCCUAUCCAACGUUUCCGAGAGGAAGGACAACAUGCGUCUCGGCCUGAGCUUGGCCACCAACCCCAAGGACAACAGCUUCCUGGCCUGCAGCCCCCUCUGGUCUCACGAGUGUGGGAGUUCCUACUACACCACGGGGAUGUGUUCACGAGUCAGCUCCAACUUCAGGUUCUCCAAGACCGUGGCUCCCGCGCUCCAAAGGUGUCAGACCUACAUGGACAUCGUCAUUGUCCUGGAUGGCUCCAACAGCAUCUACCCCUGGGUGGAGGUUCAGCACUUCCUCAUCAACAUCCUGAAGAAGUUUUACAUUGGCCCCGGGCAGAUCCAGGUUGGAGUUGUGCAGUACGGAGAAGACGUGGUACACGAGUUUCACCUCAAUGACUACAGGUCCGUAAAGGAUGUGGUAGAAGCUGCCAGCCACAUUGAACAGAGAGGAGGAACGGAGACCCGGACAGCAUUUGGCAUUGAAUUUGCUCGCUCGGAGGCUUUCCAGAAGGGCGGGAGGAAAGGGGCCAAGAAGGUGAUGAUUGUCAUUACGGACGGGGAGUCCCACGACAGCCCAGACCUGGAGGAGGUGAUCCAACAAAGCGAGAAGGACAAUGUGACCAGAUACGCCGUGGCCGUCCUGGGCUAUUACAACCGCAGGGGGAUCAAUCCAGAAGCUUUUCUAAAUGAAAUCAAAUACAUCGCCAGUGACCCUGAUGACAAGCACUUCUUCAACGUCACUGAUGAGGCGGCCCUGAAGGACAUUGUCGACGCCCUGGGGGACAGGAUCUUCAGCUUGGAAGGCACCAACAAGAACGAGACCUCCUUCGGGCUGGAGAUGUCACAGACAGGGUUUUCCUCUCACGUGGUGGAGGACGGGAUUCUGCUGGGAGCCGUUGGCGCCUACGACUGGAACGGAGCUGUGCUGAAGGAGACCAGCAGUGGGAAGGUCAUUCCUCUCCGUGAGUCAUACCUGAAGGAGUUCCCUGAGGAGCUCAAGAACCACGGCGCAUACCUGGGGUACACAGUCACAUCGGUCGUGUCCUCCAGGCAGGGGCGGGUGUACGUGGCCGGAGCCCCCCGGUUCAACCAUACAGGCAAAGUCAUCCUGUUUACCAUGCACAACAACCGGAGCCUUACCAUCCACCAGGCCCUGCAGGGCGAGCAGAUAGGCUCUUACUACGGGAGCGAGAUCACCUCAGUGGAUGUCGACAGUGAUGGUGUGACUGAUGUCCUGCUGGUGGGCGCGCCCAUGUACUUCAGCGAGGGUGGAGAGCGGGGCAGGGUGUACGUCUAUAACCUGAGACAGAAUCAGUUUGUUUACAAUGGAACGCUGAAGGAUUCCCACAGUUACCAGAAUGCACGAUUUGGGGCCUCCAUCGCCUCGGUUCGGGACCUCAAUCAAGAUUCCUACAACGAUGUGGUGGUGGGAGCCCCUCUGGAGGACAACCACGGAGGAGUCAUCUAUAUCUUCCACGGCUUCCAAGGCAGCAUCCUAAAGAUGCCGAAGCAGAGAAUCGCCGCCUCAGAGCUGGCCCCAGGCCUCCAGUAUUUUGGCUGCAGCAUCCACGGGCAAUUGGACCUCGACGAGGACGGGCUUGUGGACCUGGCCGUGGGCACCCUUGGCAAUGCUGUGAUUUUGUGGUCCCGCCCUGUGGUUCAGAUCAAUGCCAGCCUCCACUUCGAGCCAUCCAAGAUCAACAUCUUUCACAGGGAUUGCAAACGCAGUGGCAGAGACGCCACCUGCCUGGCUGCCUUCCUCUGCUUCACACCCAUCUUCCUGGCACCACAUUACCAAACUGCAACAGUUGGCAUCAGGUAUAACGCCACCAUGGAUGAGAGGCGAUACACACCACGGGCCCACCUGGAUGAGGGCGGGGACCGGUACACCAACAGGGCUGCCCUGCUCUCCUCUGGCCAGGAACACUGUGAGCGGAUCAACUUCCAUGUCCUGGACACCGCUGACUACGUGAAGCCAGUGACCUUCUCGGUGGAGUAUUCGCUGGAGCACCCCGAACACGGCCCCAUGCUGGACGACGGCUGGCCCACGACCCUCAGAGUCUCUGUGCCCUUCUGGAACGGCUGCAAUGAGGAUGAGCACUGUGUCCCGGACCUCCUCCUGGAUGCCCGCAGUGACCUGCCCACAGCCAUGGAGUACUGCCAAAGGGUGCUGAGGAAGCCUGCCCAGGACUGUUCUGCAUACACACUGUCCUUUGACACCACAGUUUUCAUCAUAGAGAGCACGCGGCGACGGGUGGCAGUGGAGGCCCUGCUGGAGAACAAGGGCGAGAACGCCUACAGCACAGUCCUAAAUAUUUCACAGUCAGCAAACCUGCAAUUUGCCAGCUUGAUCCAGAAGGAUGACGCCGACGGCAGCAUCGAGUGUGUGAACGAGCAGAGGAGGCUCCACAAGAAAGUCUGCAACGUCAGCUACCCCUUCUUCCGGGCCAAGGCCAAGGUGGCUUUCCGUCUCGAUUUCGAGUUCAGCAAAUCUGUCUUCCUGCACCACCUGGAGAUCCAGCUCACAGCGGGCAGCGACAGUGACGAGGAGGAGAGCACCGAGGAAGACAACACGGCCCUCCUGCGCCUCCACCUCAAGUAUGAGGCUGACGUCCUCUUCACCAGGAGCAGCAGCCUGAGCCACUAUGAGGUCAAGCCCAACAGCUCCCUGGAGAGAUACCAUGGCACUGGGCCUCCCUUCAACUGCGUUUUCAAGAUCCAAAACUUGGGCUUGUUCCCCAUCCACGGGGUGAUGAUGAAGGUCACCGUCCCCAUCGCCACCAGGGGCGGCAACCGGCUGCUGCUGCUGAGGGACUUCUUCACUGACCAGGCAAACACCUCCUGUAACAUCUGGGGGAACAGCACUGAGUACCGGCACUCCCCGACGGAGGAGGACUUGAGUCGCGCCCCGCAGCUGAAUCACAGCAACUCUGAUGUAGUCUCCAUCAACUGCAACGUAAGGCUGGCCCCCAACCAGGAAAUCAAUUUCCAUCUGCUGGGGAACCUGUGGUUGAGGUCCCUAAAAACACUCAAGUACAGGUUGAUGAGAAUCACAGUCCACGCAGCUUUGCAGAGGCAGUUCCACAGCCCUUUCAUCUUCCGUGAGGAGGAUCCCAGCCGCCAGAUCACGUUUGAGAUCUCCAAGCAGGCGGACUCGCAGAUCCCCAUCUGGGUCAUCGUGGGCAGCACCCUGGGGGGCCUCCUGCUGCUGGCCCUGCUGGUCCUGGCGCUGUGGAAGGCCUCUAGUUCCAGGGGGACCCAUGGGACAGCAGAUCUGCAUUCUGCACUGUCCUCCCACCCCCACGCUGUCCAUGGCUCCCGCGUCACCUCACCCUUCCCCGGGCCGGAGAGAGGUCCCCGGAGCACCCCCUGAAUGAAGGGCUCGGCAGGGACAGCCGUUGGCCUGGAUGAAGACAGACUCUGGGACGCAGAAGGCUGUGAUGGAUGGGCAGCUGGGACCCAGGAGACUGGGCGUCCGCUGAGAUGGGGAGGUGGGCGGGCUCUCCCCCUACCCACACCGUGCGUUCACACUGACCGCCACCCGUAUUCCCUCCCACAGUGCUCAUGGCCUGCAGCUGCCCUCCCUCCCGCUGCUUGUGUUCCCGGAUGCCUGGCGGAAGUGUGCGGAUGACGCAGUCCCCAGGCUCCCCGUUCCCACUUCAUCUUCCACCACAGCCUCUCCCGACGCAAUGGGAAAGCUGCAGGCCAGGUGGCAGGGGUAGGCGUGGGGAGCCUCCCCUCCCUGCAUCACCCCCUUACUUCUCACACACACACACACACACACACACACACACGGCCUCCCAUCCCUCCUUUCCGCCAACCCAUCAUCCAUGCGUGGGGAAGAAGGGCUGGACCAGUGCUGAGGGGUCCUCCCUGGAACACACUGGAUAAAGCCGGUGCAGGGACCUCCAGAGCCUGUGCAACCUUGGUGGCAAGCAUCUGAUCUGCCAGCCCAUGGGACAAGAGGUACCACCAAUGACGGCGCCCCGAGGACAAGAGGCACGCCUGGUGCCCAGCCAAGUAAUUUAUGCCUUAAAUCUUGUUUUGAGGGUAGGAAUGAAAGGGGGAUACAUCAAAGGCAUCUGUCCCCAUCACAUAGUACGACCUUUACUGUCGUAAAUAUUUUUAAGAAAUUUUUAAAAAUACAGUGUUUAAAAACAACCAAGAGGCUGCCAUCCCUUUUGUGGGCAGAGCAUGUCCUAGUGAGCCACGCUCUUGAGGACAGGAGGUGGAUGAGAGGCUCCCUGCUUCCUUACCGUUGUCUCUAGAUGUUGCAAAGGGACUUGUCUACCCUUUACUCCCUACAACAUCCCCUCCCAGUAGCUGCCUGGUCUGGGAUGGACAUCUCCAGUGAUGGAGCGCUCCCUCCUUUUGCCCACCCCCCAAACCCAC